AUGAGACUACUGAAGCCCCUGUGGGUUACUCAUGGCUCACUGUCAAAGGACCAGAGUAUUGAUCGACCUAUCUACAGUUUAGACAUUCAUCCCGACGGUUCUCGAUUGGCUACUGGUGGCGUAGUAGAUACUUGUGGUGUCGUGAUCCUUUGGAAUAUGGUUCUUAUCCGUGACCCUAGUCUGGAAACGGACUCCAAUAUUCCAAGAAAACUGUUCCAGAUGGAUAGUCAUCAAGAUAUUAUCGAUUUGGCCUGGUCACAAGACGGACGAAAGUUAGCCUCAGCUAGUGUGGAUAACAAUGUGAUUGUCUGGUGUCGGCAGAGUACGGGAACCGGUGCUCCUGGGCAAUUCGCACUGCUUACCACAUUACGUGGACAUCACGGAUUUGUCAAAGGCGUUGCAUGGGAUCCGAUCGGACGGUAUUUGGCCACACAAGGUGACGAUGUUGCGGUCAAUGUUUGGCGCACCUCCGACUGGCAAAUUGAAGCGAAUAUUAAGAAACCGUUUGCAAAGGCUACUGGACAGAGCCAAGUGAUGCGUAUUUCAUGGAGUUUAGAUGGAUCCACAAUUGCUGCUCCUCAUGCCAUUAAUAACGGCUUUCCAACAGCCAAGUUGAUCGAUCGAACCAAUUGGAUGCCCAGUCUCGAUCUGGUUGGACAUCGUAAGCACGUGACAUGUGCGAGAUACAAUCCGAAUGUGUUCCGCAAAAUGACAAAUGGGGAAUCGCACGGUGACGAUAAACCAGACAACAGCAAUGAUCGAAUGGGUCAACUCAGGGAAAUCGUUUCGGGGGUCAUGAGUUGGAAUUCCGUCACCAUCACCAUCUCCUAG